ACGGAGCAAGAUGGCGCUCUUGCUGUCAGCACCUCGGACAGCACCGGCGGCUCGAACGCAAACCGCGCUCCUCUUUUAACUUCUAAUUGAUUUCUAUCAAUCGCCGCGGCGUCCACGUGACCAACACCCCCCGCGGGUCGGAGCCGUGGGUCGGUGGGACAACUUCCAGGUGGAGCUGUGGGGAGAGGAGCUGCUGUCAGGCUGAACUCCUCGCCUUCAUCCGAACCAAGUUACUCGGGAGAAGAACGGAAAGGAGGGGAGGAUGGAGGAGAUUCAGAUCAGCUGGUUUAAAUAGACAUAUCUUUUUUGGGGGGGUGGGAGAGAUGAGGCGACGUGUUGCGGAGUCACAGCCGGGCCACGGCAGAAAUGAAGCUCUGAUCUCCGGUUUUCCUGUCCUCUGAGUCCCGCGGUGUUUCUUGCUGGUUCUGCAGCUCCAGCUGGGAAGAUGCUGCUGGCGCUCCUGGCCGCCUUGUGCUCGGCGCUGUUCGUCCCCGGCUGCGCCCUCAGCUCGCAUUUCAACCCAGAUGGCGCUCCACUGAGCGAGCUCUCUUGGUCGUCCUCUCUGGCAGUGGUGGCCAUCUCCUUCUCGGGUCUCUUCACCUUCGUCUUCCUCAUGCUGGCCUGCCUCUGCUGCAAGAAGGGCAAGAUGGGCUUCAAGGAAUUUGAGAAUGUGGACUGUGAUGAGUACCAUGGAGACAUGUCCACCUUGGCGUCCACGGUCUCCCAGGGCACUCCGGACGUCUACGUCCUGCCGCUCACCGAGGUUUCCCUGCCGACCACCAAGCAGCCGGCCCGAUCUGCCCAGCUGCUGAAGUCCUCUGAACUGACUCGCCACAGUCUGCUCUACCUGAAGGAGAUCGGACAUGGGUGGUUCGGGAAGGUUCUGCUCGGGGAGGUGAACACGGGCCUGAACACCACCCAGGUGGUGGUGAAGGAGCUCAAAGUCAGCGCCAGUGUGCAGGACCAGAUGCAUUUCCUGGAGGAAGCUCAACCUUACCGCACACUCCAGCACCCGGCUCUGCUGCAGUGCCUGGCCCAGUGCACUGAAGUCACUCCCUACCUGCUGGUCAUGGAGUUCUGUCCACUGGGGGAUGUGAAGGGUUACCUCCGAAGCUGCGGGUCGAACGAGGCGAUCGCCCCUGAGCCCCUGAUUCUGCAAAGGAUGGCCUGUGACAUCGCGUCAGGACUGCUGCACCUGCACAAACACAACUUCACUCACAGCGACUUGGCUCUGAGGAACUGCCUGCUGACUGCUGACAUCUCAGUGAAGAUCGGAGAUUACGGUCUGACGCACACAAAGUAUAAGGAUGAUUUCUAUGUGACCUCGGAUCAGACGUAUGUGCCACUGCGCUGGAUCGCUCCGGAGCUGGUGGAUGAGGUUCAUGGAAACCUGCUGAUAGCUGAUCAGACCCAACAGAGCAACAUCUGGUCUCUUGGUGUGACCAUCUGGGAGCUGUUUGAGCUGGGAAACCAGCCUUACAGACACUACUCUGACAGACAAGUCCUGACGUAUGCUGUAAGAGAGCAGCAACUGCGACUUCCCAAGCCGCUGCUCAAAGUUCCCCUUGCUGAGCGCUGGUAUGAAGUGAUGCAGUUCUGCUGGCUCCAACCUGACCAGAGACCCAAUGCAGAGGAAGUCCACCUGUUGCUCAGCUAUCUGUGUGCAAAAGGGGCCAGUGAAGCCGAAGAGGACUUUGAGAGGCGCUGGAACUCGCUGCGUCCCAACGCUGGAUUCAACGGUCAUCACAACGCGUCAACGAUAUCUGGAGACCAACCCUCCUUAACCUCCUCUUCCUUCCCUUUACUGGAGCAGUUUUCAUCUGGUGAUGGCUACCAUUCAGAGUCUGGAGAUGACAUACUGACAGUGACAGAGACCAGCCACGGCCUGAACUUUGAGUACAAGUGGGAGCAAGCCAGAGCAGAUCCAUCCUACAUAUCCCAAGAGUCCUCAAGUACUUGUGCUCAGGCCAACCAUCAUUGUCCAGAAGUGUUUUAUCCACCAGGUGGCAUUGUUGGAGGAUGUCCCAUGGAGGGCCUAAGCCACGGAGUUUCUCCUACUUACUAUCAACCAAAACACUUGCAUCCUCCCAGUGUGCUCCCUGUCCUCAGUGCCCAUAGUCCCUCAGUAAGCAGUGAAUAUUACAUCCGCAUUGAGGAGCCUGUGAACUGUAACAUGGAUCCAGAUUACAACAUGUGCUCCUACAGCCCAGACUACCAGGGCAGCAGCGGGAGCUUCCUGACUGGCAGUGCAGACUCUGGUGAAUGCAUGGCCUGCCCAUCACAGACCAAAACAAUGGGUCCUUACUGGUCUGCUGACAUCCAUAAAUCUGAUCUGUAUGACUCCAAUGAUUCAAGUCCAGCCAUCUCUUUGACAAUGGAGCCUCUUUUAGGUCAGGUUUCAAACAGCAGCCCCCUUCGACCAUGGGAGUCAAGUCACUAUGUGUCCUAUAAAGACAGAGAUGGGGGCUACUACUAUGAGCACUCCCCUCCUUUAGAAAUGGAUCCCUAUCUGAUUGGAAGUGAGCAUUCCAGUGAGCAUCUCCAAGAAAGCUGGGGGUCAAGAAGCCUUCGUCAGGCUUUAGGAGAACUGGAGAACCCUUUAGGUAUAUCCCCAUCUGUGACCAGUCCACCUGAACAGGCCUAUAGAGAGACAUACCUGGACACCAGCCAGACCUCUCUCUUAGGGAAGAACAUGACAGGGGGCUACUAUGACAUGAUGGGCUCUUUAAGGAAGACCAUGCCUAGCCACACAAGACACAAUAGCCACUCAGUCAGUAUCAACAUGAAGACCGGAGGCGCGCUCUUCAUUGGACACAGAGACAGCGACACAGAAGAAGAAGAGGAGGACAUAUUUCUCGAGAGACACACCUGCAAUACGUGGCCUUCGAAACACAGGCACAGCAGCGGAGGACACCACAGGCGGGCGAGCCACAGCUGCAGACAGGACUCUUACACCGACUUCAACUACACCAUGCCAAGCACAGACAUUGAAGACACCUGGCCGGACCAGCACAGCCUGGCUUUUCACUCGCUGCCCAAACCCAUUAACUACUUAGAGCCACACCAGGCCAAAGAUAACAGUGCCUGCCUCAGCCUGAGUAAACAUCACACUAUGGUGCCCCCAGACAACUGCAAUCCCUACAUCUACCUGUGCCAUGAAGGGGACACUCAGGUGCCACCAUCUGGAGAGUGCUGCCACACCCAUUUUGUUGAUCCACUCACUGGUUUGUUAGUGAGAAACAACGACUACUGUCAUAGCUACAGCAACUACAUCACAGACAAGACUACUGAUAUUCUCAGCAGUGAGGAGAUGAUCAAUCUAUCACCGGCUCCAGGGGGUCCAAUUGUUUCCAAACACACUUUAAUGAAGGCUGAUGACUGUGAAGAGCACUAUAUUAAUCCUUCAUCUGAAGAAACGCCACUUACAGAGAAGCGAGAGGAAGUAAUCAAAGAAAAUCAGACCAUGCAAAAACCACCAGAACCUAGAAAAGAAGAGGUAACUCUGACGAUGACUAAAAACACUCCACCUCCUCCUGAUAACAGGCAUGUGAUGGUUUCCAACACAGAUCCCCAGUCGGAGCUGAGCCACACAGCCGACAGCGGCGUGGACCAGGCCGGCUCCACCGUAAGUCUCAUUGACAUCCUCGACUGCAGCGACGAAGAAGACAUAACAGACGACAUCACUGAUGUGACUUCAGGCAUCUUUGCCGACGAGGGCAAUGAGCUGAAUGUAUCUCCUGCUUUCAAAUCUUUGCAGAAGCAGGUAGGAACUCCUGAUUCCAUGGACUCAAUGGAUCUGCCAUCUGCUGCUGGAUCUUGUGAAGGUCUCAGUCCUGCUUCUUCCCACCCUUCUAGCUCACCUAAAGCCAUGGACAGCGGAUAUGAUACAGAGAAUAAUGAGAGUCCAGAGUUUGUCCUGAAAGAGUCCCACGACACCCGAUCACAACCUCAGGGAAAGCCUACCCUGGAUACCAGUAUAGAGGAAGUUGAGGAGAACCAUGAAGAAGAGGACACAGCAGAGGUUCAACCAUCAUUGGGUCAAGGUUCAAUUUUGGAAAGCUCACAGACAGAAGACCACAUUCUCUUACCACUGAGUGAUAAGACUCCGUACAGAGACUCUGCCUACUUUUCAGAUUAUGAGAAUGAAAAGCAAAGUCGAGAUGAGGAGAGGGAAGUCCACCAGAAAGAAAUGGAUCAUCGCAGUGAUGGAGAGCAACAGCAUGUCGGAGGAAAAAAGGCAGAGAAAAGAAAAAGUGGAGAGGAGGAAGAACUAAAAGAUGGCGUCGUGAACAAAGAUUUAAAACUCGAAGUGGACCACGAUCCAAAAGACAGAACAGAAUCUCUUCCUCCAGGGACAAGCCUGACAGAGAAUGAGGAACCUUCGGAUUCUGCAUUCAAAGCAGAGGUGAUAAUGGAAGAAUGGCUUUCCCAUGAAGAGAGUUCAGGCUUGGGGGACUGGGCAGCUGAGGUGGUGGGGGCCAUGGAGGAAGCGCUUGGUGCCCUCAAUGGAGACUCUGCUUCCGGCUUUAAGGAAGAAAAGGACAUGGAGGACAAAACAGACUCUGUCGAGGCUGGCAAAGUCGAGGAAAUGCCAAUGAAAUCAAAUCACAAAAGGCCAUCAGGAGAAAUCCUGCACGUCUUACCCAAAGACGAGGUAGCGCUGCAGCACACGGCGAACAGCAGGAGGUUCUCUUCUUCCUCACCGGUCUCUCCAUCCAGUCCACAACCUCCACUUCCUGCGACGGAGGGCCGAUCGCCUCCCGUUGACGGCGAGGAGGCCGACGAGCAGGACGCCGACACUGAUGACAGCGACGAGUCGGAUGAGGAGCUGCAAAGUUACAGCGUGCAGGAGGAGGAGGAGAGUGAGGAAGAGUGCCACCCCGUGCCCAUAGUGGUGAGCGACAACAGCGAGGCUCACAAGCUGCGGAGCCUCCUCAAGGUGCCGAGCCUGGCUGCAGAGAAUCUGGAGGAGGACCAGAAGAAGAAGAAGACGGUUUCUUUCUUUGAUGACGUCACCGUCUAUCUGUUCGAUCAGGAGAGUCCAACUAAGGAGCUGGUUGAGCACGGCUUCCCAUUAGCAUCCGAGGGUUCGAGCUCUGGCAGAAAAUCCCAGGAAAGACCUAAUAUCUCAGAUGAUUCCUUAGAUGGGAACAUCUUGGAGGAGAGCGCAGGGUUUGAGUGGGAGGACGAUUUUCCCCUCCUGCCUCUGCCUACAUCCUCGACAGCAGCCGACUCUCCUCCACCUGUCGCCAAGGCGCCGGAGCCCAAACCGGCCGUCCAGUUGUCCCGGUUCACCGUCUCCCCAUCGGUGUCUCGGUUCUCCAUCACUCACAUCUCUGACUCCGAUAUGGACUCGGCAGGAGGAAGCGGUGAAGAUGCAGAUAAGGAAUGAAAAGCGGUGGAUCUUUACUGCCUCUGUGACGACAGCUGGACCUAUUUUAGCAUGACUUCAGAUUUUUUUUAAUUAUUAUCAUCAUUAUUAUUAUUAUUAUUGUAAUGCCAGGUUUUCCAAACACAAGACAGUGCCUCUUACCGCCUGCAGACACUUCAGAUAUAAAGCCCUCUUACCAACAUGUGACACCGUCCUGAGUGUUGUUUAGAAUACUGAAAAGACAACAAAUGUUACAUUUUGUGAAGGACAUAUGAACGAUGAACUUAUUAAGGAGCCCUGUAUAUUUUUGGAUCAAAGGCAUCUUGGACGACAAAAGGACACAUUUGCCACCUUUUAAAUUUUUUUUCAUUCAUAACAAUGUGGAGCCGAUAUUCACAGAAACAGAACGAAAACGAAACUGCUGCCUGAUUGUUGCCGAGUAAAAUCACAUCCACUUUGUGGCUUUUCAACAACGGACGAGCACCUCGAACAAGACUGAGCAGCUUAAGACUUUCUACUUUUUGGCAAAUGUUUUACUUGUACUAAUAAACAUCACGAAUGCCUGAGGCAUCACCUGUAAUAUAAUGUCAAUAUUUGGUUUCAUUCAGAGAGAACUGACGCUGUUGUGUGAAAGGAAACGACGCUGUCUGGUUUUAGACUACUAUGAACUAGUGUAUGAGACUUUUCUGUUUUACAAAUAGAACAUCCUCGCCACCAAACCGACUCCAGGACGCCCAAAAGCUGGAAGUGAGAAAUAACUGAAUUACUUUUCUUUAGCAGUUCACAGUUUAAAAAGAAUAAAAGCCACUAAGAAUGAUUCAGGACAAAGAGAAACAGACACUAGUUAUAUGUAACAGCUGAACACUUGAAGGUUCUUCAUCACAUUGAUGCAAAGAUCUUGUAAUUCCAGAAGCUCUAAUGUUCACUGGUCCACAGUCCAGGUUGGUGCAGCAGCACCAAGCAGCUCUGUGGCGAUGCGUUUCUGGAACGUUACGAUUCACUACGUCAGGAACGAAACCUUCAGCUUUACGGCUGUGAAAGCAAAGGCAGCGCCAGAGUUACAACUAUUUCACUGGGAUCAACUUUAAAAAGAUCGUUUUGAUUUCCCUAGAUCACAUCUCUCAUCUUAAAACGUCAAAUCACCUCAGAAUUUGACGUUUUAAUAAGCCAUCCAUCCAUCUUUAAUCACUCGAUCAUUGACCUCCACAGCUUUUUCUUUUUGCUCAUCUACAUGAACUUUAAGACGUUUCCUAACGAAGCUGAGAGUUUUGACGUCCAGACAGUCUUUGAUUUGCACUAGUGGGACAAAUCCCGAAUGAUCCCAGAAAGCUUUCUUCCUUCUACCUGGAUGAGGUAGAAGGAGGGCCCACAAAACUUGACAUCACCUGGACCCUCCAGAGCCCAAAGAGACCAUCUGAUGUAUCCAACAAAUGGGCAUUGUUAUUAACAUGUAACUUUGGGUAAACGUGAUAAAGCCCCAUGAGUUACACUUUACUCAAAGGGCUGUGCAUAAGACCAAUAUGACACUGUCAUGAACAUGAAGGAGUCUUCAUGAAUGUUUAGAACUGAAGUGUCAUUUGGUAAAUGACACUUUUAAUGAAAAGGUGCACUAAAAGUUGCAUUUAAAGUUAAUCAAAAGUGUCAACUUUGCAUCAUCCAGUAAGUAAUGAAACUUUUAAUGCAAAAUUCCAUUAAAACUUGCAUGAAAACUCAAUUAAAAAUGUCAACUUUGCAUCAUCCAGUAAGUAAUGAAACUUUUAAUGCAAAAUUCCAUUAAAACUUGCAUGAAAACUCAAUUAAAAAUGUCAACUUUGCAUUUAAAGUGCCAUUAUCUAUUGAACAACACUUUAUGACAACAGUCAUAGGCAUUUAUGAAGACGCCUCAUGACAGAUGUUGUCAUGUUUAUGACAGUGUCAUGUCAGUCUAAUGCAAACCCCUUCAAAUAAAGGGUUUCCGAACCGACUAAUGCAGAUACAACACAUGCAGUCUUUUUUUUUGUUUUCUCAAAUGAUUGCAUUUCAAAAACAUAGUGACACUAAAAAAAAGCUUCUGUAAUAUUUUCUCUUGUCAGCAGAUUGGCGACUAUGUUCACAAAACUUGACAUCACCAAGAAGAAAAUGCAUCCAUUGAUGUUUUUGCAAAGGUCUUAAGUAUUUUUUCUGUAUUUUAAAAUCUAGUAAAAAUAAAAUAAUGGUUUAAAUGACGUAUUAUUUUCUAUAGCAGACAGUGCUGGUCCAUUGACUGAAUAAUCACAGAGCCUAACUGGGUUGGACUUCUGCAAUAAAGGCUGAAACACAGAGGAGAGAGAGAUUGAUGUUCCUGCAGUUAAUUGAAUAUCCACAGUUGACGCGCUCUGUUUUAAACAUCCAGUGUUUGCUCUAAGUCACUGGUUUGUAGGAGUGAUAAAGUAAUUUAUUAUUACUGUAACCUGCUGAUCUUAGGCUACAGUUUUGUUUUCUGACUCUGGGCUUAGCAGAACUGUGGAAACGCUCUAUAUUUAAAACCCAAGCCAUACUGUUUUUGGGUUGGACUCAUGGAUUAUAGCGGUUUAGUCUGAUUUAUUGUCUCAGCUGAUCAUGAACUGCGACAAUGCUGUGAUUUUUGUGUUGAAUAUACAAAAAAAAAAACACACAAAUGAGAAGAGACCCCGGUGCGUUCUCAGAGCCAUUACAAUACAGGUUUCUGCUUUUAAACCAACAUGUAGUGUCUUCUAUGUGUUUGCCUUGCAGGGCUUUGAUAUUCUCUAACACUUUAGCAUAGAAACAUCUUGAUGGCUGUCUAUAAUAUUUUUGUAUUGAGAGAAAAAUACUUUUGAGUAUCGAUGAGCUAGUGAAGCAGGGGAACGGACGAAAUAAAGGAAUAUCUUUAUGUUUAAUGUUGCCAAAGACAUGUGUUGUGUUUCAGGGUCAAGUACAACUUGGUGUUGUUUUUACCCCAAAGCAAAGACCGAGGUAAGGAACAAGAUGGCAGCUUUGGUCUGAACCGAUUGUAGAAAUGUGCAGAAGGACUGGGAUGCAGUCUGUAAUAUGUGACCCCCCCCCCUCCACUCUGACCUGUUCAAACCAUUACUUUCUGUACUUUCUAUUAGAUAUAAAUAAACUCUGGUUUACACAG